AUGGCGUACUUUCCAGUCAUAGGUCGUCUCACUGGCCCCGAGUACGCUGCUAUCCUCGUCGGCUCCCUUCUUGUUGCUCUCGAAACUCUUCUCACCUUCAUCAUCUCCUUUCUCCCCAAGCCCGUCAUCCAGUGGUUUUACGACCGCUCGCGCCCUGUCUUCCACUUCUUCGUCGGUCCACCGCUCCCCAAGUCUGACAAACAGCGCUUCACUGACCGCAUCCGCCGCGCCCAAGACUUCUCUGGCCUCUGCGAGAUUUUUGGUUACACAUUCGAGGAACACGUCGUGCACACCAAGGAUGGAUAUCUCCUCGGUCUCCACCGUCUGCCCUUCAGGAAGGGUGAGCAGAGGCGCGGUCGGGGCUCUUCCACCGGCAAGCCUGUCGUGUACCUCCACCACGGCCUGCUCAUGAACUCCGAGGUCUGGCUCUGUCUCACUUCCGCAGAGCGCUCCAUCGCCUUCACCCUCGUCGAGCUCGGCUUUGACGUCUGGCUCGGCAACAACCGCGGGAACAAGUACUCCAAGAAGUCCAUCCACCACAACCCCAACUCUGCCCGCUUCUGGAACUACAGCAUAGACGAUUUUGCCUGGCACGACAUACCCGACUCCAUCGAGUAUAUCCUCGACGUGACCAAGGAGGCGAGCCUCAGUUACGUCGGCUUCAGCCAGGGCACCGCCCAAGCCUUCGCCGCGUUGAGCAUCCACCCCCAGCUUAACGAGAAGAUCAACGUGUUCAUCGCGCUCGCCCCCGCCAUGAGUCCCGCAGGACUGUCCGCACCCAUGGUCGACGUCCUCAUGAAAGCGAGCCCCACGCUGCUCUUCCUCAUCUUCGGCCGCAAGUCCAUCCUCUCCUCCGUCCCUGCCUGGCAGUCCCUCCUGUACCCGCCCGUAUUUUGCGCGAUCAUCACAAUCUCGCUGCGCUUCCUGUUUGGCUGGCGCAGCGAGAACAUCUCGCCGGAGCAGAAGCUCGCCGCGUUCUCCCACCUGUACUCCUUCGCGUCGGUCAAGUCCGUCGUGCACUGGUUCCAGAUCAUGCGCAACGGCAAGUUCCAGAUGUAUGAUGAUGACGUUCAGCGCGUAGUACUCAUUCGCUCGACCGCCGCGCGCCCUUCUGGUGUCACCUCGUACGCCCCUGCGCGCUUCCCCACGCGGAACAUCGUCACCCCCAUCUUCCUCCUUUACGGCGACCGCGACUCGCUCGUCGACAUUGGCACGAUGCUGCACGAGUUGCCGAGACACACGACCUCGAGGUGCUUGCACGGCUAUGAGCACCUUGACGUCUUAUGGGGCAGAGAUAUCGACAAGGACGUGAUCCCUCACGUAGUCGAAGCUCUGCGCGCCUACUGCGUUGCGCCAGAGCGGGUGCUGAGUGAGGGAAAGCUGAACGGAUAUUUGGAGGUUCCGGACACGUCGGAUACCGUGUCUGUAAGCUCGGGGUACGAGAGCUAG